AUGGCAGAUAGCAUCAGACUCGAGUUACCGGCCCACAUCCAGGACUUCAAAUUUACCUUUGAAAAAACACGACCAGGAUGGGUUACUGUCGAAAUUGCUCUUCGAGGAUCUCUGAAACGGCCUAGGUCAACGGAAACGCAGAAGCCGGCAAUUGUUAACCGCUGGCUAGAGGCCCAGAAGGUGUAUCAAGUAUCUACUGCCCAGCAACUUGCAAAUACUGAAGCAUUAGUAGUUGAAGCCAUAUCAAAGGAAAACAUUACUGUUGGACACCAUGAACACACUGCGGAAGCCGUGACUACUAUGACAAGUGCACCACUGGUCGACAACAGUGAGACUGAACCGGAGUCUGACAUACCUGAGUCUCCAGAGCCUGCAACACCAGCCGAAUUCACCCGCUGGAUUCUUUUCUACGUCCUAUCCACCAUUUGCUGA